AUGGAAGUGAUAGAUGGUCUGGUAAAUCAAAUUGGAAACGCGGUCGGAAUUCAGCCUGGAGGAAUUGCUGUACAAGGCGGAAUAGGACUGGAAAAUGAAGAAAAUAAACAAGAUUUAGCUGACUCAGUGCAGUUUGCAGAUUUAGAUAAAGCUAAAGCAUUUAGAGAUAGAAACACAGUUCGAGAUUGGACAGACGACGGAAGAUUUGUAGAAUACUCUGUAUGAAGCACAAGUCCACAAGUGCUUGGAGAGUAUGGAGUCGGGCUUGAGCUAUAUUUUACAAUGCUCAAGUAUUUUGCCUUUUUAUUUCUUAUCAUUAGUCUGAUAUCAAUUUGGCCAAUUUUAGAAAAUUGGUAUGGAUCUGGACUUGAUGCGGCAGAUAGUGAAAAAUCUUAUAGCACUAUUACUCUAGCAAAUAAUGGAGCUUUUCAUUAUAAGUCUAUACCAGUUACUGAAGAUGCUAACGCAGUUUUAGAUGAUGAACAAAGUGAUGUUGAUGAUUUUGAAAAUAAUCAAAUCCGUGUGGCUGUCGCCGAUUUUUUGUAUACUUUUGUGUUUAUUGGAUUUUUAGUGUACUAUAAAAAGCUCUCAAAAAAAGUAGCUGAGAAGAAUUUUAAGGAUAAUGUAACUGCUGGAGAUUAUGCUGUUGAAAUUAAAGGACUCCCUGCAGAAGAUAUAGAGGAAAAAGAAAUUAUUGAGCAUUUUCAGAAAUUUGGGGAGGUUGUGGAAGUAUAUUUACUCCUCCCUCGUGAACUACUAAAAUCAUUAGAAAAAUCCCUAUUUUUGGGUAAAAUCCCGCUUCGUAAGUGAUCAAAAAAUUGUUUUUUAUUAUAAAAUUUUUAUGAAAAAUAUUUUGAUAUAUAAGUGAUAAUUACUAUAAUGAAAUCUAUAGCUAAUUCUGUUUAAUUUUAAAAACAUAAAUUUUACAAAUUAAUAUUUCUUUAGAAAAAAAUAAUACUAUAAAAUUUAUCUAUAAUUUUUUAAAAAAACGAAUUAGCUGCCUCUUGUGGGGGAGUUAGCAAGAAAAUAUAAUGGCUGGCUUGGAAGCUAUAAAACCAGAGCAAAAUUGUCUUUUCAAGAAGGGUACCUUAAACUAAUGGCACAAAACGAUCCAACUCAAGAAGCAAAACUAAAAGCUAUCCAAGAAGACAUAAGAGAAUUUGAUGAAAAACUUCUUACUUACCCCCCCCCCCCCUCCGUGAGCGAACAAAACCAUUAGAAAAAUCGCCAUUUUUUGACCAAAAACCCACCCUCCGUGAGUGAACAAAAAUUUUUUUAAUAGAAAAAAUUUUAAUGGAAAAAAAUUUUGAUAUAUAAGUGAUAAUUAGUAUAAUGAAAUCUAGAGCUAAUUCUGUUUAAUUUUAAACAAAUUGCGUUUUAAACAUAAAUUUUGCAAAUUAAAUUAAUAUUUGCUUCCCAAUUUUUGCAAAUUAGGAUUUUUUUAAUUUCGAAAAAAAUAUUUUUUAUAAAAUUUAUAUAUAAAUUUUUUUUUUUAAAAAAAAAAAUUAACCCCCCUCCGUGAGCGAACAAAAUUUUUUUGUUCGCUCACGGAGGGGGGGGGGGAGUUAGAAAACGAAAAGACGCUGCCGAAGCAAAUGAAGAUUUAAUUGUCGACCGCGCAUAUUUAGUAUUCAAUGACGUCAGUUCUCGUAAAAAGUGCUUAACUGCAUAUGACACUAAGCUUAAACUUUUCCGAAAACAAAUGCAGCCAAAAGAGCUAAGAUUUAGAGGGACUUACUCUUUAGUAGUAAAACCUACAGUUGAGCCCUCAAAUAUCAAAUGGGAAAAUCUCGAGUAUGGGCAUUGAAACCGCCAAAUCCGCAGAACCAUUAUCGUUGCUUUAUCAAUUGGAAUCAUGAUCGGGUCUAUUAUUUUAAUGUGUGUCAUCCAAAGAGAAGAAAAUUUACUACCAAGCUCCGAAACUUGUGCAAAAAAAAUUAAUAAAGACGCUUCCUUAGAAUACGCAGAGGCUAACUAUACAAGUGAUACAAAAACAUACUGCUGGUGUAUGCAGCAAAGUUUUUCAAAAAUCGUUGAUAAUUCUGAUUACAACCAUUAUUGCAAAGAUUACAUUUCCCAAUUAUCAAUUGCGACAACUGUAAGAGUGUUUGCAAGUAUAGGGAUUAUUGCAAUUAACUAUGUGUUAAAAUGGGCUUUGGCAUGGCUUACUAGGUACGAAAGAGCUUCAACGUGGACUAAAGAACAGUUAGCUAUUAUGAAUAAGCUGUUUUUUGUGCUGUUUUUCAAUACCUCAAUGAUAAAUUUAUUUGUCAAUGCAAAUUUCGAGGACCUUGUAUUCGUAAAAGAUUUAGCCUUUAAAGAUUAUUUAUUCAAUGGAGAUUAUGAUGAUUUUUCAAGAGAUUGGUACACAAAGGUAGGAGCCACAAUAGUGGUUACUAUGUUUAUUGGUAUUGCAUCCCCACAUUUUAUAACGUUAUUCGUGAUGUACCCUAUAAACGUCAUAAAAAGACGCUUUUUUUACAAAUAUUACAAAAUGCAGCAUGAGCUAAACGCUCUGUUUGCAGGCCCCGAAUUUCAAUUAUCAGUCAGAGUUGCGCAAAUCAUGAACACGAUUUUCACUUGUUUUCUGUACUCAGGAGGUAUGCCACUGCUAAACAUUAUUUGUUUUUUUACAUUAUUUUUUGCAUAUUGGACUGAUAAGUUUCUUAUUCUUCGUUAUUACCGGACCCCUCCUUUAUAUUCAAACCACCUUAAUGAUAGAUUCCAAAUUUAUAUGCCUUACGCAGUACUUUUACACUGUGGAUUUUCACUUUAUAUGUAUGGAGCUGAUGAGAUUUUUCCGAAGUCUCUUUAUGUGAAUGAUUCGAGACAGAUAAUGCCAGAGCAUGAGACAUUGAGAGAAAGGAUUUCAAGGGACUCAGGGGUUUUGAAUAUGACGCUGAUUUCGCUUAUUUUUGUGAUUUUUAUAUCUGUGAUCAUUCUUAAUGAAGUCUUGAAAUUUAGAAAGACGACAGCUCAGGUUGGAGAUGAACAGACUAGGGAUGACCAGGGGACGUAUAAAGCAAACUAUAAGGAAAUAAAGGAACAUGGGAUUCCGUCGUAUGAUAUUAUGCAAAACCCAAUAUAUAAGCCUGUACUUGUGUCGCUUAAUGAUGCAGCUCAUGAUAUCGCAGAAGCAAAGGGUGUUAAAAAUACAAAGGAUGAUGUAUAG